UUAGAUUAGAUCACUCUACUUGUUUUUUCAAGUGGACAGAAUAGGCAAUGUUGUGAGAUGCAGCUAAUGGACCUAGAGAACAUUUUCAGACCUGUCAAGGUACAUACAUCUCGUGAAUAGUUUUGGAUUUUGGACUAUAAACCCUACUAACUCUCGAAGCAGGCAAAGGUCAACAACAAUGCAAUAAUCCUGACCUGACACAGCAAGGUCAAGCUCAAAGGUCAAGGUCAAUAUCUCAGAAGUCGUGACCAACAGCAGACCAGACAACCUUGGGCAACACCACAAUGUCAAUAUGGCUGCCAUGUCUCGUGCUGUUGAUCAGUUACCAUGGCGUCAGGACAACCAAUAUGUGUCCAGCUGGGUGCGAAUGUGACAACAAUGUCAAAUCUGCAAACUGCGCUGGGAAAAAUCUAAAGGAUGUGCCGAGGAGUUUACCUCCCGAUUUGGAGAUACUCCGCCUUGAGGGUAAUUCUAUAACUAACAUGGAUGCAUUGUCCCUAUCGAAUUAUCGGAAUUUAAGAACCCUCGAUGUCAGCUAUAACAAAAUCACUGACAUUGCCCAGGAUGCAUUCAGUGGGAAUCCACAACUGCAGGUUCUAAAACUCCAGGGGAACCUGCUUACAGCGCCUCCAGUGCAAGGAUUUGACUCGACCAAUCAACUUCAAGAGUUGGUCCUUGGAGAAAAUAGGAUAUCAAAGAUUUUCCCCGACACAUUUACAUUGCUACGCAACUUGCGCCUGUUGGAUUUAGGAAGUAAUAGUAUACUCGACAUUCCAAAUGGGGCAUUUGGCCCCUUGUCGAUUCUACGACAGCUGGACCUGAGUGAGAAUGGAAUUACAAAUGUGACCGCCCGCCACUUUAUGGGACUCCGGUCCAUGACUCAACUGAAACUCGCCAGAAACAAAAUAUCACACAUACAGGAAAAUGCAUUUCGGGAACUGCCAAAUCUGGAAAUUCUUGACCUUUCAGAAAAUAGCAUCUCCGAAUUAGAACUCCAUACAUCACUAGGAAAAUUACAGGAACUCAAAUUGAAUGCAAACAAGAUUGUGAGUUUUGCUGGACUGAAUUUCACACAUGUUCCAAAAUUACGUGAACUUUACCUCGGUCAGAAUCAGAUAUCCACGAUUCCACCCCACAUGUUCAAACAACUUAACGAACUGGAAAUUCUCUAUCUCAACCACUUGCCAAAUUUGGAAUUUAUCGACUAUCGUGCGUUUUGUGGAUUAUCAUCCGUACGCAUCGUUGAUCUCGGACACAAUCCCAAACUUGACACGAUCGACAGAGGUUUAUUCAUGCCUACGAAAAACUUAACAACGAUCAAUCUAAGCUUUGACAACUUCAGCUCGUUUUAUCAGGAAACUUUUAUCCAUUUGGAACACCUCAAGACCCUUCUUCUAAACGGCAAUCCCCUGAACUGUAACUGUGCCGCAAAGUGGCUGCAGGGAUGGUCAAAUAGUAGAACAGUAAAAUGCAAUGCUCCCGAGGCUUUCAAGAACUACAGUAUCACGGACGUCCCUGUAGAGAACCUAACGUGUUCCAAUGCAAAGAUCACUAACCACACGCAACAUGCAUUUUUCAAAAUUGGUUCAGAGGCAUCGCUAAAGUGUCACGUAUCUGGUGAACCUGUCCCGUCGAUUACGUGGAUCACACCUGGCCGGAAAGUAUUUAAGCAUAAUGACUAUCUAAGCAACGCGGAAAUCAGUGACAUCACACACGAGGACGUCAUUACUGAUGAAUUCCACAAGUUGCACCACUGGCAUGACUCGGUGCAUUAUUUUCACAACACUAGUCACGAUCGUGUACAAAUCCUUGCCAAUGGCGACUUAUACAUUGACUAUGUUCAGCGCUCCGAUGCUGGGCCUUAUACCUGCAUUGCUAAGAAUCCCGGCGGCAAUGAUACAGUUGUUACACGCUUUCGUUUGAACUACCUCAUACUGUACGAAACUAAGAUCACCAGUCUGAUUAUCGGGUUUGGUAGUGCUGGAAUUUUCUUAGGAUUAGGGUUACUCGUUGGUCUGCUACGUUUCCUAUGUAACCGCUGUGAGAAGAAGGAACGGAUGGAGCGCAAGACGCGUACGAUACGUAAGCUACUAGACAACCUGGACGCCUACAAGACUCAUCAGCUCGAUAAACUUAAGGAUAACUACGGGUUACACGUGACCAAGAUGAAGGAACAAGCAUUUAUGCACAUGGAGAAGAUGCAGAAGAACUAUAAUCAGCAAUUACAGAAGAUCCGCGACAACUGUGCAGGUCAGAUGGACAAACUGCGUGAAAAUUACAACACCCAGAUGGGUAAAAUCAAAGGGUACAGUACCCACCAGAUUGAUAAGAUCCGGGAGAAUUAUAACUCGCAAAUGAUCAAAAUUCGUGAUUAUGGCUCAGUGCAGUUGGAGAAAUUGCGUGACACGUAUAAAUUGCAACACAUGCAUUUGAUUAAGAUUCUUGAGGCGAUGAAUAUCGACAAUUGUCGAGGUGUAGGUGAGGAUCCCGACUGCCUUCAUGCCGACUCAUCGCUAUUUGACCAACUCAACCUCGACACGCGUUUCGAUUUGUUAGAUUUGAAAACACCGUCCCGCAAUUCCAUAAGUGAUGAUGAAUUCGUUAGCGCAAUCAGCAAUGCAGAUGGAAUUUCACUGGAUGCGUUAACAAGUGCAAUGCCGGAAAACUUGUCCCUCGGAAAUUUUGACACGGAUCUUGAUCUGCCGGAUAGUGAUCGAUCCACGCCAAAUUUUCUGGACCCGUAUCUAAGCGAGGGUGAUCCAGACAAGGCACCCGAUGUCACAGAUGGAUUAAUGACUCAUACAGAUGCUUUCACAGCCGUCGAUCUCAACAUAGUAUCGCGGGACGAUAUGUCAUCCUCGAGCAAUCCAUCGCAGGAGUCUAGUCCCCAGCAUCAUCACGUGGUAGAGAUUAAACCGCCUGGACUUUCUUGCAGUCAGGUUGAGUCCAAUGUAUAAAGAUGUCAAAUCAUGUACAGUAGAAUGUUGUUGUCCCGAGACAGAGUGCAUUUUGAAGAAAAUUCCCUGCCCGAACUUUACCUACUCACUGAACUGCACUAUGAGAAAUGGUAAAAAUCAUGAAAAUUACAUUGUAGAAAUCAUUUUCAGUAAUUAAUUUUAGCUUUCUAUGCAAGAUAUGUUUAAAUAGUAAACUUCUUUUCCAUCUCCAAUGGCUCAACCUAUGUACUGCUUCGAUAUUUCAAGACUUGACAAUAAUACUGAGGCAGAACUUGGAACAAUUUAGUACCGUAAUGCCAAAGAUAAACUGAUUUAUCCAGUUUUUAAAGACAAUCACAGCCUGUUUCUAGUCAUGGAGAAUUAUUUAUUACAGAAGUCACCAUGAACAUUGAAUACAAAUUAAAUGUGUGCAUUUGUACUUGUGGUAUGUCAUAAUCCCAUUGGCCUUACUGCACUUCUAUUCUAUUAAAGUGUAUCUUAUGUACAUAGUUCAGUAACUGAAGUUAAGAUAAUCAGCGACUCUUACUGUAGAUGAAAGCAGACAGACAUGAACCUUUCAGCCAAUCACUAAUUAGUUUACGCACUUCAGGUAAUGUUGUUACCGUAUAUUGUUGUCGAAGAACUUUGGAGAAUGAAGGAUGCUAAAAUAAGUGUCUCCCAGAUGUGCUGCCAUCUAUCUUUGAGAUAUGAACUUGAUGCGCCAUGAUGUCAUUCAUAGUCAAUAAAAGUACUACAUGUAAUAAGUAGGACUUUGAUGAUGUAGACCAGAAUAUUUGUGUGGCAUUUUAAAAACAUUUCACAGGUGUUUUCAACCCCGCCCCUCAUGAGUGUAAAUUUCAUUUAAUCAGUGAUAAAAUGUUGUAAAAAUUCAUGUUUUCUCAUACAUGUAUUCUUCUAAGUUCUCUAUACUGUAAACCACCAAUUUUUCAUACCUCUUGUGUUUAGCGAUUUGUGAAAAUUUCGAAGAGUAAUUUUUCAAUUUUAUUUUGGGUGGAAUACAAAAUUUCUUUCCCGUUUCCAUUCAAAAUCUAUUUUUUGCGAGGUUAUAUGGUGAAAUAGUCCAAAAAAUGAAAUGCUAGCCAUUUACAGUAUUUGAGAAAUAUAGGUUACCAGAGACAGCACCAGGUUAUCUGUCUUUGUUUUUGAUUUAAGAAUAGACUGUUGUUUUAGUAUUACCAGUAUGUGUUUGUUGAUUAGACAGUCAUGCAUUAAGAAUUAAAAUGUCUUUCAAUUACAAUUCAAGAGCAAACUAGAGAAAUGAGUUGUACAUUUGCAAUUAUAAACUCUGAAUAUUCAAGUUGGGGCCCUUGGGUCAAGAAACCACUGGUGUACAGUGACUCUUUUUUGUGACCACGCUAAAAACUAAAUUGUCCAGCUUUACCAGUGACUCUGUAUACCAUGUAUAGCAGAUACAUGUACAAAUGUAUGUGUGAAGGCUUGGACUACAGACAGACGGGGCCAGGUUGGUGCCGCAGGGCAACUGCUCAAUAAAGUACACUGUAAUAGCACUAUGUAAGUAUAAUCCCGUGCAGUCUAAACAAUAAGUUUGAUAUCUUUGAUCAAGGUCUAGUAUUAGUGAUUAUUCUUGCCCGAGGAUACAUUCAUUUUAAUUUCAUUUACCUCCAUUAUGUAUUGAAUUUCUAAUCUUGAUCCAAUCAUGAAGUCAGAAUGAAUGUAACAUAAUUCUAUCCCUGGUUGGUAUAACAUGUAUAAAGUGACUGAUGACAACUAGCACCACAGAGUCAUUUGAAAAUGAGGAUCAGGAAAGGGCAACUUGCAAGUGUUUCUUUUUGUCUGUUACUAGUAAUUUAUGUUGUAUAUCAGUGUAUUCAAUAAGGUUUAUUUCAAUUGCAAUCCUGUAAAAUAAAAGACGAGUGUCCUUCAAAAUCAAA